AUGGAUUGCUGCUUUAUGUUCGGACGGAGAUCUCAACAUGCUGUUGAAGGCGAUGAUGGUGAACAUAGUGUGAAGGUCUUUUCUUACAAUGAGUUGAGAAAGGCAACUCAAGAUUUCAGUGGGGCAAACAAGAUUGGAGAGGGUGGUUUUGGUUCCGUAUUCAGGGGAAUGCUCAAAGACGGCACACUAAUCGCAGUGAAGGUUCUGUCAGCCACUUCAAGGCAAGGUGUCCGAGAGUUCUUAACUGAACUUACAGCAAUUUCAGACAUCAAGCAUGAAAACCUGGUCACGCUUGUCGGAUGCUGUGCUGAAGGGUCCCAUAGGAUCCUCGUUUACAAUUAUCUUGAGAAAAACAGCCUUUCACAGACAUUGCUAGGGUCUGGCUACAGCAGCAUCCAGUUCAACUGGAGGGCUCGUGUCAAAAUUGCCGUGGGCGUUGCCCGUGGACUUGCAUUUCUUCAUGAGGAAAUCCGUCCUCACAUUAUCCACCGCGACAUAAAAGCGAGCAACAUUCUUCUCGACAAGGACCUCACCCCGAAAAUUUCUGAUUUUGGAUUGGCGAGGCUUCUUCCUGCCAAUGCAACUCAUGUUAGCACCCGGGUGGCAGGCACAUUAGGAUACUUGGCUCCUGAAUAUGCUAUCCGAGGUCAAGUGACGAAGAAGUCCGACAUCUAUAGUUAUGGAGUUCUUCUCUUGGAAAUCGUCAGUGGCAGAUGUAACACCAACACAAGAUUGCCUUGUGAAGAUCAAUUCCUCCUUGAGAAGGUAAGCUCUACUUAUUUGCAAGCGUUUAUUGAUAACCUGAAUACAAAAUGGUGUCAGUUGCAUACUGAAGCAACUAUACCAUAA